CGCACUCCCUUUCCCAUAGUGAUAAAAGACGUAGCUCCACUGGAGGAGGAGGGAGGAGAAAAAGAGAGAAACCAGAGAAGAAGAGGAGGGGGAGGUAGAGGAGAGAGGAGGGGAGGUAUAGGUAGAGUAGGGGAAGGGGGAGGUAGAGGAGAGAGGAGGGGGAGGUCGAGGAGAGAGGGGGGGGUAGAGGAGAGAGGAGGGGGGGAGGAGGGGAGGUGUUAGGGGAGAGGUGUGAGGAGAGAGGAGGGGGAGGUAGAGGGGGGGAAGGUAGAGGGAGCGGUGGGGGGUAGAUGAGGAGGAGGAGGGCGGGGAGGGUGGUGGGCGAGGAGGGGGGAGGGAGGGUUCGUGGGGUCGAGCGCGAGGCGGGGGGGGUGAGAGGAGGAGAGGGGAGGAGGGAGGUUCGUUAGGGAGAGCGGAGGGGGAGGUGAGAGGGUGCUCGGGAGCUGAGGUGGAGCUAGAGGAGAGAGGGAGGGUGUUUGGAGAGGUUGGGGGUAUCGGCGGUAGCGCUGGGGGGGGAGGUGUCGAGGGGACAUGAGGCGGGGGAGUUAGGGGGGGGGGGGAGGUUCCGGAGAGAGGAUGGGGAGGUUAGAGGAGCGCCUGGGGGGUUGGGGGGGGGGGAGGUAGGAGGGGUAUAGGAGAGAGUAUAGCCAUACAACACCUCCAGCUCUAUCUCGCAUAAACCAUCUUAAGAGCUGCCGUUUGCCUCUGCAACACUUCCUGAAUAAAGAAUAUGUGUUUGUUUGUGUUCUAAAUGGAGUGGGUCUAAACAGUAGGUUGUGGAGUAUGAGACAGAGAAGAAUAGCAGCGCUAGGUUCCAGAACAGUCUGGGAUUGGGAUACAUUUUUUUACUUUUCAAUUAAUUAUAUAUAACUUAUAAAUGACCUUAGCAAAACUGUCUUACCCUUUCUGAACACCCAUCCGACAGCUGUUUACCAAAACAAGAGGGGGCGGCUGUUUGGUUGUUCGAAUCCCAGACUGUAGCUUUAAGAGUCUGACUGAGUCCCAGUGUGCAGCUCCCUACUGUUGUUGACAACCAUUCAUUGCUCUGGCCCUCUGACUCUCUGGUUCCUGAUAUCAUAGGCCUUUAAUAACUACUGACAAGUCGACUGUAGCCUGGGUGCCUGGCUGACUGUUCCAGCACUCAUCAACACUAGGCUAGGCCUAUAUCAAAGACGAGACUGAAUAACUUAAACUUCUCUGGCUAUAUACUACUGGCCUUGUUUGGCAAGGAAACAAAGCGUAUGUACCAGCUCUCCCCAUGCAGCCAGCAGCCUCCAAAUAGAUUUCUUGAUCAAUUAAAGUGGGAAUCAGGAGUUGAAACAACAAAAAGCUGAGGGAUGGGGCUGGUGAAAUGUAACCACUCUCAAAUGAAUAGACAGAGGUAUCCGUGAUAUCAAGAUUAUAGUUUUAACCAUGUUUUGAGGCUAUACAGUGUUUGUUUACAUUUACAUUGUUGACAAAUAUAGUAGUAAAACCAGCUCAUAUUUUGGGUUCUGAUGGGGUAUGACAGUUGAACUAAGCUCAUGAGGCAUCUAUAAGUUAUAUUUUUCAAGAAUCAAUGGGUAUUUAUGCAUUUAAGUCUAGAAAUGCAUGAAGCAACUGCAGAUUGCCCCUUUAAAGCAGAAACAGACUGGCACCCAUAUUAUAUUGAUUUAUCUAUCAUGAGUCCAAAUGGCUUUAAAACAAUAGGGUCUUAUUGUUUUGAUGGAGAUUUUCACCUUGGAAAGGGACAUUUUCUCCCUCCUGAAUGCAGUUGGCAGGGGCUGUAAUGAUGAUGACACACACACACACACACACACAGUGACUCUCUCUCUCUCUCUCUCUCACACACACACACACACACACACAGUGACUCUCUCUCUCUCUCUCUCUCACACACACACACACACACACACACACACACACACACACACACACACACACACACACACACAGUGACUCUCUCUCUCUCUCUCUCACACACACACACACACACUCACACACACACACACAGUGACUCUCUCUCUCUCUCUCACACACACACACACAAACACAUACGCGCACACACACACAGUGACUCUCUCGCUCACACACACACACACACAUUGCCUUCCCCACACACAGACACAGGACCCCCAGCUAAUUACCUCUGUGUCCUCUCUCUCUGUGCUCCAGUGGUCACCAUCCUGUCGAGGUUGCACGCCGACCGGAACGUUUACCCGUCUGCAGGCGUGCUGUUUGUCCACGUCCUGGAGAGAGAGUACUUCAAAGGAGAGUUUCCCCCCUAUCCCAAACCUGGUCUGUGUUCCUCAUUGGAUCACUCAAUUCAAUAAUAACCAGAUUACUAAUUUUACUAUUACUACUAAUACCUAUUUAUUAUUAAUACUAAUAAUAAAUACUAAUCUAUUCGGUAAUAAAAUAUAUUUAGCUAAGCUACAAUACAGUAAAUGCAUAAAUGUCAGUGUCAGAGUAGCAUUUAAAUCUCCCACUCUCAGAGCCUAGUUGACUACUAGGCUAGGCGUUUAUUGUACAUGUACCAACGUCUGUCCGUACAGGGGAUUCCAGCAACGACCCCAUCACCUUCAACACCAACCUGAUGGGCUACCCAGACCGGCCAGGCUGGCUGCGCUACAUCCAGAGGACCCCACACAGCGAUGGGGUGCUCUACGGAUCCCCCACUGCAGAACACAUGGGCAAGGCAACCAUCAUAGAGGUGUGUGGCUCCAUUUGCUGCUAAUGCAGUUGGAGUAAUUUGUCUAAAGUCAUGAACAGUAUCUAUCUCUCUCUCUCUCUUCUCUCUCUCUCUCUCUCCUCUCUCUCUCUCUCUCCUCUUCUCUCUCUCUCUCUCUCUCUCUCUCUCUGACUCACAAACACACACACACACACACACACACACACACACACACACACACACACACACACACACACACACACACACACACGAAGACACACAUGGACACACACACACACACACACACACAUACAUACAUACACACACACACACACAAAGACACACACAGACACACACACACACGCACACAAACAGACACACACACGGACACAGACACACACACAUACACACACACACACACACACACACACACGGACACACAGACACACACACAAACACGCACACGCACACACACGCAAACACAUAGCCUUGAGGGAUGUAUAAUAGUCAUGUGCAUUCACCUGGUCUUCUCUGCAGUUAUGUUUGCCAGCCAGGGUCCUGUCAGUCAGAUAUGUGGGCACAACCUGAAACAAUCAUAGUCGUGGUUAGUUAUUAUUUACAGUAGAUAGUCCAGCAGGUAGAACAAUAUGUUUGUUGUACAUAUGUAGCUGUCACAUGGUUGUGAUAUAGCCUUUUUCUAGGUUUUUAGACAUGCCUAGUCUGUAAGGUAUAAUCAGGCUUAGAUUCCAUUAUGUGUUUCAAGCUUAUCGGUACCUAACCUACUGUAGCAUUUUCCCAAAGGUUCCCUGUAGGAAUGCUCCUAAUGGAUGGCAGUGCCCCAAGUCCCCCUUCCCUCUGAGCCUUCUACUAUGGUAUAUGUUUGCAUCUGGCUCGGACCUCGCCAGCAAGCCUCAGCCUGGGGCAUAAGCUGCGCUGAUCUGGGCUUAAACUUUCCCCCUUAUGUGUUCCAGAUUACUGCCUAUAACAGGCGCACUUUCGAAACGGCCCGGCACAACUUGGUCAUAAACAUCAUGUCCACGGAAGGUAAGAGAGAGAGACAAAGGACAGGCUUAGUGAGGAGAAGAUGAAGCAGGAUGUUCUUAAUUAAAAUCUAAAGGGUCACCUUCAAGGAUGACACCCCCAUAAAUCCUGAUUAGGGCUGUUACGGUGACCGUAUUACUGCCACAACGGUGGUCACGAGUCAUAACGGCAGUCAAAUUCCACGUGACCGUUUAGUCACGGUAAUCAGGCUUCUCCAAGCUCUGAUGCUGCUGAUGGUCAUUAGUAGCCUACCAAACUUGCUAACUGCCUGGUACUCAGCACUCUAUUGUCCCUCUAAUCACUCUGACAUCAAUGCAAAUGUUUUCAAAAAUCUAAUCAAACACUUAAUUAGAGCCCAUGAGUUCAUGUUGCGCAACAUUUCUAUUGGCUAUCCAGAGUUUUGAUGGCCUCAAUUAAAAAGAGGAGGAUCCCGUCAGCUUUCUAUAGGCUAGGCCUACUACAGUGGGGGAAAAAAGUAUUUAGUCAGCCACCAAUUGUGCAAGUUCUCCCACUUAAAAAGAUGAGAGAGGCCUGUAAUUUUCAUCAUAGGUACACGUCAACUAUGACAGACAAAAUGAGAAAAUUUUUUCCAGAAAAUCACAUUGUAGGAUUUUUUAUGAAUUUAUUUGCAAAUUAUGGUGGAAAAUAAGUAUUUGGUCAAUAACAAAAGUUUCUCAAUACUUUGUUAUAUACCCUUUGUUGGCAAUGACACAGGUCAAACGUUUUCUGUAAGUCUUCACAAGGUUUUCACACACUGUUGCUGGUAUUUUGGCCCAUUCCUCCAUGCAGAUCUCCUCUAGAGCAGUGAUGUUUUGGGGCUGUCGCUGGGCAACACGGACUUUCAACUCCCUCCAAAGAUUUUCUAUGGGGUUGAGAUCUGGAGACUGGCUAGGCCACUCCAGGACCUUGAAAUGCUUCUUACGAAGCCACUCCUUCGUUGCCUGGGCGGUGUGUUUGGGAUCAUUGUCAUGCUGAAAGACCCAGCCACGUUUCAUCUUCAAUGCCCUUGCUGAUGGAAGGAGGUUUUCACUCAAAAUCUCACGAUACAUGGCCCCAUUCAUUCUUUCCUUUACACGGAUCAGUCGUCCUGGUCCCUUUGCAGAAAAACAGCCCCAAAGUAUGAUGUUUCCACCCCCAUGCUUCACAGUAGGUAUGGUGUUCUUUGGAUGCAACUCAGCAUUCUUUGUCCUCCAAACACGACGAGUUGAGUUUUUACCAAAAAGUUAUAUUUUGGUUUCAUCUGACCAUAUGACAUUCUCCCAAUCCUCUUCUGGAUCAUCCAAAUGCACUCUAGCAAACUUCAGACGGGCCUGGACAUGUACUGGCUUAAGCAGGGGGACAUGUCUGGCACUGCAGGAUUUGAGUCCCUGGCGGCGUAGUGUGUUACUGAUGGUAGGCUUUGUUACUUUGGUCCCAGCUCUCUGCAGGUCAUUCACUAGGUCCCCCCGUGUGGUUCUGGGAUUUUUGCUCACCGUUCUUGUGAUCAUUUUGACCCCACGGGGUGAGAUCUUGCGUGGAGCGCCAGAUCGAGGGAGAUUAUCAGUGGUCUUGUAUGUCUUCCAUUUCCUAAUAAUUGCUCCCACAGUUGAUUUCUUCAAACCAAGCUGCUUACCUAUUGCAGAUUCAGUCUUCCCAGCCUGGUGCAGGUCUACAAUUUUGUUUCUGGUGUCCUUUGACAGCUCUUUGGUCUUGGCCAUAGUGGAGUUUGGAGUGUGACUGUUUGAGGUUGUGGACAGGUGUCUUUUAUACUGAUAACAAGUUCAAACAGGUGCCAUUAAUACAGGUAACGAGUGGAGGACAGAGGAGCCUCUUAAAGAAGAAGUUACAGGUCUGUGAGAGCCAGAAAUGUUGCUUGUUUGUAGGUGACCAAAUACUUAUUUUCCACCAUAAUUUGCAAAUAAAUUCAUAAAAAAUCCUACAAUGUGAUUUUCUGGAUUUUUUUUCUCAAUUUGUCUGUCAUAGUUGACGUGUACCUAUUAUGAAAAUUACAGGCCUCUCUCAUCUUUUUAAGUGGGAGAACUUGCACAAUUGGUGGCUGACUAAAUACUUUUUUCCCCCACUGUAUAUUUAUUUUUCAACUUUCCUAAUAUUAAGCACAUUGCUUCUCUUUACAACAGGAGUAUAGCCUACCUGGCUGGCAUGAAGUGAACCAUGGCAAAAGCCUUCUCCAUUCGCUAUUUAAGUGCAUAGAUGACAUGUAUUUUUUCCCCCUGCCCCUGUUUCGAGACAGGUGCAUGAUAACGGUCCAUUCUAAAUCAAAACAAAUGUCACACAUAUAUUAUUUAGUAUAUGUAAAGACAAGAUUAAAUCAAGAAUAGUCUGAUGGGUGACAAUAUUAGCUUAUCACUUGUGAAUGAUAUAUUAUCACUUGUGAAUGAUGCCCAGCUUGUGUGCAGUAAGGCCAGAAACAGCACAUGCCUCAUGUAGCCUAGCCCAUAGGCCUAUAUGUUUUGAUAAGGUUUAUAUCACAACUAAACAGGCCAAAUAACAUCUUAAAAUUAAGCACAUUAAUCAGCUUUACAAGGGGUGUAGAGCCUAACUGGCAUACAUACACAGUGCAUGAGUUUAACGUUUGGGGAAGAUCAUUUUCACCAUAAAAAUGCAAUUUUUUAAUAAAAGCAUUACAUGCAUAAUCGGAUAUGCGGUCACUUUUGAGAAUGGUGUUUUCCCACUAACUGAUUGCAUUUUGGAACAUUCACGCUUAUAGCCUACUGCCGUGUGCGCAUAAUGUGAAGAAAUACCCUAAUAGUUUAGCAACAUUUUAAGCUAAAUGUUCUGAUCUGUUGCGUCAGCCUAAUUGCUUUUAAAAGUAUUUUUGAUGCUAUGUGGUUAUAUUAAUUUGGGAUCUAUCGCAUCCCACAACUGUCCCAGACUAUAUUUGGAAUAUUUAUUUCUCGCACAGAAUAGAAUAGGUCAACUUUUGUACUAUGGGGGAUAGUAUAUUGACAUAGGCUAGUGCUUUUGCUGUUCGUUAGGCUUACUCAUCUUGUUGGCUGAUGAAAAGUAAAUGUGGACAGUUCUAACAUACUCAAUAUGCGCCUCGGAAUUCGAUAAGGACGCGCGCAUUUGUGUCCCCAAUGUGUCUGUCUUCACUUGUAGCCUGUGAGAAGGACCCGAUCACGUGACGGGCAUUGGUUAAUAAGAAUUGAGCUAUCUAAGAGAGCCAUGUGCGUGAGAGGUGCUUCGGAGCACUCAGCCAGGAGAAAGGGAUUAUAAUUAUUAUAUUCAGCCCAAGGGCACAAUGGCCACUGGCCUCAAAAGGCAUGGAUUUGUUUUAGGGGUCAUUAUGGCCACACAAAGGGGAUGCCACUGGGAAAUUCAAGGCAUUAUCAAGUGCUUGUCAAAUUGUGAAUGAGAGACUGAUGAAGUGUGUGCAGCCUGUGCAAAAAACAAAGCAGAGCUCAUGCCUUUCAAGCAACUUUUUUCAAAUCAUCAUUAGAGUCGCAUCAUGCAGCCUUAGAAUGUAUUAAAAAUUAAAAAAUAUAGCCCAACGUUUGUAUCACAACUAAAGUUGCAUAAAUAACUCUAAAUUAAGCAUAUAGGAGGACCUGUUUCUUUGUUAACCCCUCAACACAGAAUAGCUGCAUGUGCGCACUCCCUCAAAUUUUAUUCAGCUAUGUUCAAUUGUUUUCUUCAUACUAUAAAAUAAUGCCACAGAAUUCUAAGCAAAUCUUGUCUGUUAAAUGAACUAGUGUAGCCCACAGCCAUAUCAGGGCCUAACAUUUACAUUUUAGUAAUUUAGCAGACACUCUUAUCCAGAGCGACUUACAGUAGUGAGUGCAUACAUUUUUCAUACUGGCCCCCCGUGGGAAACGAACCCACAACCCUGGCGUUGCAAGUGCCAUGCUCUACCAACUGAGCUACACAGGACUACAUCAGAGUAAAGACAACUCAGAGUAUGCUAUUCUGUUCUUCUGAAAUAGACUACAUUUUCUUCAUAUCAUGUUUCUUUAGACCUGUCUAAAAUAAAUAAUGGAUUUAUUGUGAUGGUGUAGGCUAUAUUACAUGGAUUUAUUAGACAUUUUAAAAUGUAGAUGUUCCAAAGGUCUGCAUCAGUGACUUGUAGGCUAUGUGUGGAAGCCAGGAGAUGCUAAAUGUGUUUAUGUUAAUUAACGGUCAAUUACCGUGAGACCAGCAGUUAUUUGCUUGACCAAUCACUGGCUGACAACAUUCCAUGACCGCCACAGCCCUAACCAUUCCUGACAACAUUCCAUGACCGCCACAGCCCUAACCAUUCCUGACAACAUUCCAUGACCGCCACAGCCCUAACCAUUCCUGACAACAUUCCAUGACCGCCACAGCCCUAACCAUUCCUGACAACAUUCCAUGACCGCCACAGCCCUAACCAUUCCUGACAACAUUCCAUGACCGCCACAGCCCUAACCAAUCCUGAUAAAGACUAAAAGGCCCAAAAGCUCCUAUUUCAAUUUCUUUCAAGAGUGGGUGAAUAUCAUUCACAUAUCCAUAAUGACAUCUCCUAAACCAAACCGACAAUUAAUAAAAAUCAAGUCAACACCUUCAAUACGGGACUCACAGCAGUGUAAAUCAAUCAACAAACUUCUGAAAAUGAACUGAUUCUGUAUCGGUAAUCUCUCUCUCUCUCUCCUCUCUCCUCUCUUCUCUCUCUCCGUCUCUCUCUCUUCCUCUCCACGUCUCUCUCUCUCUCUCUCUCUCUCUCUCCUCUCCUCUCUCUCUCUCUCCUCUCUCCUCUCUCUCUCCUCUCCUCUCUCCUCUCUCUCUCUCUUUCCCCUCUCCCUCUCUUUCUCUCUUCCCCUCUCUCCUCUCUCUCGUCCCGCUCUGCUCUCCUCAUCCCUUCCUUUCCUUCCUUCCUUUCCGUUCCUUCCUUCCUUCCUUCCGUCCUCCUUCCUUUCCUUCCUUCCUUCCUUCCUUUCUUCCUUCCUUCCUUCCUUCUCCCUCCCACCCGCCCUCCCUCCCCCCCCUCCCUCCCGCCCUCCCGCCCUGCCUCCCACCCUUCCUUCCUUCCCUCCUUCUUCCUCCUUCCUUCUUCCCUCCUUCUUCCUUCUUCCUUUCCUUCCUUCCUUCCUUCCUUCCUUCCUUCCUUCCUUCCUCCCUCCCUCUCUUAGAGUACCCACUGCCGUACCAGGCAGAGUUCUACAUAAAGAACAUGAAUGUGGAGGAGAUGUUGGCAAGCGAGGUUCUGGGAGACUUUCUGGGGGCAGUGAAGAACGUGUGGCAGCCCGAACGCCUCAACGCCAUCAACAUCACCUCAGCCCUGGACAGGGGCGGACGCGUUCCCCUGCCCAUAAACAACCUCAAAGAGGGGUGAGGGUGUAGAAAUAGAAUUAGAAUUAGAAACACAUAUCGCUAUGGGUGAGAGUGACCCUCUUUAGCGCAGUUCAAUACAGGGUUUAGCAGAGUAUGAGGAUGAAUUUACAUAUCAACAUCACCCGACCCUGGACAGGGGUGGACGCGUUCCCCUGCCCAUCAACAACCUCAGAGGGGUGAGGGACAGGAUCACCCUCUGCAGCCCUUACAGGACCAGAGCAGUUUGAUACAUAGUUUGAUAGAGGAUGAUGACUUCAAGUAUCUUUUGUUGAAAGAGGAUGAUGAAUUCAAGUAUCUUUAGUUGAUAGAGGAUGAUGCAUUCAAAUAUCUUCAGUUGAAAGAGGAUGAUGAAUUCAAGUAUCUUCAGUUGAAAGAGGAUGAUGAAUUCAAGUAUCUUCAGUUGAAAGCGGACGAUGACUUCAAGUACAGUAUCUUCAGCCCUUACAGAAACAAGAGAGAGGUUGAUGACGAAUUUAAAUAUUGCUUGAUAGAUGUAAGACAUAACAGGAUGGUUUGUUACCUAAAUAUUCAUCCUCAGAAAGUACUAUAGCAGCUUUGUAAUGCCUUGUCUACAGUCAUUAUCAAAGUGUUGUAUUUUGAAUAUGCACGUUCAUAACAUUUUCUUGCAUCAGUUUCAACACAAACAUGUACUUAAAUAUGCUUAUGUAAUGCAUGGGUAACCUUACUGUAACCUUACCACUUUAAAAACUCCCAUCCGUUCUGCUCACUGUACAGCCUGUCUCACUGUCGCAUCGUGCUGAGGUUUCCUUUAAUUGGAACAGAGAGAGAGUGUGUGUGAGAGAGAAGGAGAGAGAGAGAGAGAGAGAGGGAGAGUGAGAGAGGGAAGAGGGAGAGAAGGGUAGAGAGAGAGAGUAACACCGGAGGCAGACGAGAGGAGAUAGAGAGAGAGAGAGAGCGGUGCUUACCCUUAUUCUACGAAGCAUGCCCAAAAAUUCUUUCUCAUCUCAGAUUCUGAAUCAAACAAGCACCGCCAUCUCUACUUUCUGUUCCGGGUCUCCUCGUUUCCCCCUUUCUCUCCCUCCGCCCCUUUUUGUCGUCCCUUCUUUUGGCCGUUCGACGGUUAAUGGUUUUUAGCCCCUUAACUAGUUGGGUUUUACCUCCCCCGGGGGAAGGGAAAAAAAUUUUUUCCCCCCCUAAAGAGGUGAGUCAAAACCCGGGUUUAGGAGAGAUUUAAAAGAAAAAGGGGAGGGUUAAAUUUUUUUUUGGGAGGGGUUUUUAAAUUUUAUAAGGGACAAACCUAAGUAAGAAGGGGAAAAAAAAAGAAGUUGAUGAGUAUGUGCCCCUUAAGGUUAAACGGCGUUUUACGUAAUUUCCCUUACCCGAAAAGAAAGGAAGCUUUCUCCCCCUUUUACCAGUUUUUGGGUUUUAACGAAAAGUUUAAAAACCCCCGAUUAAAUUUUAUAGGCUUGAUCCUUGACUUUUUAAAGAGAUGUAAUCCCAUCUUUAGUGAUAGGAACCUUUCAAAUAUCUUAGUUAAGGAUGAGACAAUCUUAUGAAGAGGAUAAAAUAUCCUUGACAAGCGGGACAAGUCAGUUCUAGGACCUAGAAAUAGGGGGAGACGAUUGAUAUGCUGAAGAUGUAGAUACGGAAGGUUGCCAAUAUUUCCCAGAAGAUACCUUGUAUCCCGUCUAUCAUAGAAAGUGUUAUUUAUCGUCCUUCAACUUUUCCUGCAUCGUUCCCAAAAAUUUUAAUUCUUAGUAAUGCUGGGUACCUACGGGUAUUUAAAAGAAACGCAAAGUUGCUAGACGCAUCAGGAAUUGGAGAUUUCAAUGGACAGAGAGAGAGUGGUUAGAAGGAGGAGAGAGACAAGAGGGAAAAGGGGGGGAUAGGAGAGAUGAGGAAUGAGAAAAGUAAUGAGGGCAGAGUCCUGAGAGAAGAAGAGAAGGCAGGAGACGGAAAGGAUCCAGCUGUGAGAAGGAUAGCUGCGGUGAAGACACGUCCCGAGAGACGGAGUAGAACGAGGUCAGGCUCGAUCGAUCGGAAGGGGGAGGGCCGCCCCGGGGCCCCGGGAGGAAAAGGGGAAAAAGGGAGCGGGAAGGAAACCCCAAAGGCUAAGGGGGGAGAAGAGGAGGAUGAGGAGAAAGGGGAGGAAGGGAAAUUAACGGCCAAGAGGACCUCCACUUGGUUUUUGAUUAGCCUUCAGGGACAUAGAAGGUAGCCCCCGAAAGAAUCCCAAGGUUAAUUUUUUAAAUCUGCUGGCCCCCCGUUUGGGAAGAUAAAAGGUUCCAGAGGAGAGCCCUAUAGAAAGACGCAGCCAGCAGGGCUAAGAUACCCUGACAGUACAGUAUCAGGAACCUCUCCAUGCUGACUUAGACAGGAGGAGGAAAACACUAUGUGGUUCACAUUGGAAGUCAGUCUGAGUGGAAUUGUGAAAGUGUGUGUGAGUGGUUAAAUCUUCCUCUCCUUUACCUCUAAUGUGCUUGCGUGUUUGUGUGUAGAUAAAGGAGGUGUUAAAAUCCUUCCUCCCCAGUGUGUGUGUGUGUGUCUGCACGUGCGUGUGCACGUGUGAGUGUGCAUGCACUGUACAUCUACAUCUUGGCCUUAAGACUCCCCUAGUCAUAACAAUUAUAUCAGAUAUACCACUAACUGUCUGUCUGUCAUUAUACCUGUAUUAUCAGAUAUACCACUAACUGUCUGUCUGUCAUACCUUACCUGCACACAACAGGUAAUAAUAGCUGGAAUGGAGUAAAUGGAAUGGUAUCAAACACAUGGAAACCAUGGAAACCACAUUGUUGAUGUGCUUGAUACCAUUUCAUUCAUUCUGUUCCAGCCAUUACAAUGAGCCUGUCCUCCCCAAUUAAGGGGCCACCAGCCACCUGUAUUAUAAGCCACUGUCUACCUCCCUGCCUCCCUCUCCAGUGUGUAUGUGAUGGUGGGGGCAGACGUCCAGUUCUCUUCCUGCCUGCGGGAGGUGGAGAACCCCCACAACCAGCUCCGCUGCAGCCAGGAGAUGGAGCCUGUCAUCAGCUGUGACAAGAAGUUCAGAGCCCAGUUCGACAUCGACUGGUGCAAGAUCAAUCUGGUGAGGACUGGACAGGACCCUGGAGCCAUGGCUUGACCUCUUGACCUGUUCUCUGACCAUGCCUUUAAAAAAUUACAGGGUGUUUGUGUUUGUGUAGUGUCAUAUACACAAACUAUGCCAAACAGCCAAACGAUGUCAAACACGCGCGUGCGCGGACACACACACACACAAAUUAUGCCACAUUUUGUUUUAUAGAUCUGUGAUUCUGAGAUGUUGUUGAUUGUUGUUCACAAGCUAUGUGCCUUUUUACCUCGACAGUAGCAUAAUGUAUUUGGACAAGCCAUUCCACAAUCGUCAUAAGAAAAAGUACAUUUAGGUAUAUUUGAGCUUGUAUUUGGCUGAAAUCUGGAGGGAAUAAGCAGGAAAUCUGGGAAUCCUCCAACCGGGAUUUCUGGAAAACGUCAACAUUUUGUGGAAAUUACCAACAUUUUGGGGAAAUUACCAACAUUUUGCCACCCUAAUAUCUAUAGUAAAUGAAGUGCUGAUUGAACCUCUCUCUUCUCAAGGUGGACAUCACCAAGGUGAUCAUGAUCCACAGUAACCGUCCAGACCCAGGGACGGGGGUUCUGCCUGACAUCGGGGAGUACAACCCCCCACCAGAGUCUCUGAAGAGCAGGGACUUCUUUGCUGACUUCCUCAUCACGUUGGCGGUGCCCUCGGCCGUGGCCAUGGUCCUCUUCAGCGUCCUAGGUUAUUCCAUGUGCUGCCGGCGGGAAGGGGUGUAAGUGUGCUGCUUUCACUUCUGACAGAAAGAGACACACACAGAUUAAAACACACACACACACGCAUACACUUUUCUUUUUAGUUGUCAUGUAGGGGUUCUUAGAUCCUGAGGGAUUGACUGAUUAGUCUGAGUGCAGUGUCACAGGCCCAGUCAGAGUUAAGGGAUGUUUAGUUGUGGUACUUAGCCACUAUAGAUGGACGCCAAGAGGUUUACUAUUCUGGAAACACAGCUUGUCAAUGACCAUCCAGUCUUAUGGUCCAUGUAUGUUCUCCAUACGUUACACUGUUCUGUCUCAGCUUUGAUUUCUCAUAUUCAUCUUGAUGGUUAUUAGCAUAAUCAUUAUGACAUUGAUGGUCAAUCAACCAUUAUAUUGCUACUCCAACCCUCAUUUACAGGCUGGGAGAGACUGUGUCCCUCCACCCACCACUCAGUGUGUCCAUGCAGUACUGUUUGUCCCUUCGCCCCUACCAUUCAUCCAUCCAUCCAUCCAACACCACGUGCUCUCCAUUCGCUUCUGUGUGGAUGUCUUUUAAGUAUUAAUAUUAGUAUUUAAUUCAUAAAUGUUGUUUUGUUUCUAGGGAUAAAAGAAACAUGCAAACAGCAGAGUAAGUGUUUACCCUCUCCUGUGUUUUUAUUUUCUUUUGAGUUUGGUCUGUUUUGGUUCCUCUUAGUUUAGAUCCCCCCUUCAAUUAAUUUGCCCUUUCACCUUUUGCUUUCGAAUCGCCAUGGUGACAUCCUCAUGUCCAUCCAUACUGUCAUCUGUGUGUUUACAUCCCGUCAUACAAUGAGCUGCUCAAAGCUGCAGGGAGCUGUUAGAAUGGAAGUUGACCUUAACCGCACAUCCAGGGUCAGAUAAUGGUGGAGGAUUGGGGGAUACAGUAACCUUAUCCUACAUCUGUGGUUAAGGAAAAUGUAUAUAGUUCUGUAGCUGAAACAGAAAUAUCAGACCAGUGUUGUUUACAGAGACAGAGAGCGGGGGGAGACAGAGAACGGGGGAGAAAGAGACAAAGAGAGGUAGAGGGGGAGAGAGAGAGAGAGGGAGAGAGAGGGAGGGGGGGAGGGAGAGGGGGAGGGAGGGGGGAGACAGAGAGAGGGGGAGAGAGGGAGAGGGGGAGGAGAGAGAGGGAGAGGGGGGGAGAGGGACAGAGAGAGGGAGGGGGAGACAGAGAGAGGGGGGAGAGAGAGACAGAGUGGGAGAGACAAAGACAGAGAGUGGGAGAGAGGGGAGAGACAGAGAGAGGGGGGAGAGAGAGACAGAGAGAGAAAGGGAGAAGGGGGAGACAGAGAGGGAGAAGGGGGAGACAGAGACAGAGAGAGGGGAGAGGGGGAAGAGACAGAGAGCGAAAUGGGGAGAGAGGGAGAGCGCGAAAGGAGGAGAGACAGAGAGGGAGAGAGAGACAUAGAUAGGGAGGGGGGAGAGAGAGAGGGGGGAGGGAGAGAGACAGAGGUAGGGAGGGGGGGCGAGAGAGGGGGGAGGGAGGGGGAGAGAGAAACAGAGAGGGGGGAGAGAGAGACAGUGAUAGGGGGAGACAGAGAGGGGGAGAGACAGAGGGAGAGAGGGGGAGAUAGAGGGAGAGGGGGGAGAGAGAGAGACAGGGAGUGGGGAGAGAGAGAGAGGGGGAGGGGAGGGAGAGAGGAAAGAGAGAAACAGCUAGUAUGACAGCAUGAGAGGGAGUGGAGAAAUACUCUCAAACAAACUCCACUAGCUUCAGCAGAUGGCAAAUGACCAACAGUAACAACAAAACUGUUUCCUCCUGUCAAAGAGAAACACUCCUUAUGCUUUUGGUCUACAAAGUCUUUCUUAUAUUAUAAUGUAUACCUUAAUGCAUGUGUGUACAGUACACUACAGUGUGCGUGUUGACUGCGAUGUUAGGGAUACAACGAUGUUAGGGAUACAAUGAGUAUCUACUUCCCCAGAGUCAGAUGAACUCAUGGAUACCAUUUUUAUGUCUAUGUGUCCAGUAUGAAGAAAGUUAGGGGUAGUUUUGCGAGUCAAUGCUAACUAGCGUUAGUGCAAAGACUGGAAGUCUAUGGGUGUCUACCUCAUGCUAGCAGAUACCCAUAGACUUCCAGUCUUUGCAGUAAUGCUAGUUAGCAUUGGCUUGUGAAAUUACCUCUAACUUCCUUCAUACUAGACACAGAGACAUACAAAUGGUAUCCAUGAGUUAAUCUGAAUGCCGAAGUACCCCUUUAAGACUUAAGAUCUAUUUAUGUAUUAUUUAUUUAUUUAUUUUAUAUCGGUCUCUGUCCUCUCCUCAGUAUCCAGUUAGUGCAUCACAGCUCCAUCCAGAAGUCGACCAAGGAGCUGCGGAGCAUGUCUAAAAACAGGGAGAUCUCCUGGCCCCUUUCCACCCUGCCUGUCUUCAGCCAAAGUGGGGAGGUGGUGCCCCCCAUACACCCAGACAACUACGAGACAACCAGCAUGCCCCUGAUGCAGACACAGACGUGAGUCCUGGCUGAGUGGCUGGGGUGUCCAAACACACUAAGUGGGUUGGGCGUCCAAACACACUGAGUGGCUGGGGUGUCCAAACACACUGAGUGGCUGGGGUGUCCAAACACACUGAGAGGCUGGGGUGUCCAAACCCACUGAGUGGCUGGAGUGUCCAAACACACUGAGUGGCUGGGGUGUCCAAACACACUGAGUGGCUGGAGUGUCCAAACACACUGAGUGGCUGGGGUGUCCAAACACACUGAGAGGCUGGAGUGUCCAAACACACUGAGUGGCUGGAGUGUCCAAACACACUGAGUGGCUGGGGUGUCCAAACACACUGAGAGGCUGGGGUGUCCAGACACACUGAGAGGCUGGAGUGUCCAAAUACACUGAGUGGCUGGGGUGUCCAAACACACUGAGUGGCUGGGGUGUCCAAACACACUGAGAGGCUGGGGUGUCCAAACCCACUGAGUGGCUGGAGUGUCCAAACACACUGAGUGGCUGGGGUGUCCAAACACACUGAGAGGCUGGAGUGUCCAAACACACUGAGUGGCUGGAGUGUCCAAACACACUGAGUGGCUGGGGUGUCCAAACACACUGAGAGGCUGGGGUGUCCAGACACACUGAGAGGCUGGAGUGUCCAAAUACACUGAGUGGCUGGAGUGUCCAAACACACUGAGAGGCUGGGGUGUCCAGACACACUGAGAGGCUGGGGUGUCCAGACACACUGAGAGGCUGGGGUGUCCAAACACACUGAGAGGCUGGGGUGUCCAAACACACUGAGAGGCUGGGGUGUCCAGACACACUGAGAGGCUGGGGUGUCCAAACACACUGGGAGGCUGGGGUGUCCAGACACACUGAGAGGCUGGGGUGUCCAAACACACUGAGUGGCUGGGGUGUCCAAACAUACUGAGAGGCUGGAGUGUCCAAAUACACUGAGAGGCUGGGGUGUCCAAACACACUGAGAGGCUGGGGUGUCCAAAUACACUGAGAGGCUGGGGUGUCCAAACACACUGAGAGGCUGGAGUGUCCAAACACACUGAGAGGCUGGGGUGUCCAGACACACUGAGAGGCUGGGGUGUCCAGACACACUGAGAGGCUGGGGUGUCCAAACACACUGAGUGGCUGGAGUGUCCAAACACACUGAGUGGCUGGGGUGUCCAAACACACACAUGCAGGGAAACAUGUAGAAAUACCCACAUACAAGGACAGAUACACACAUUCUAUUUUCUCCUUACACCUCUCUCUCUCACACACACACACACAAUACACGUACGCACACACACACACACAAGCACAAUGUUGUCCUAAUACAGUACGUACUGAGCUAAACCAUGUUUACAACCAGCAUAGUGAGACUUUUGUCAAAGCGCUCAGAUUAACACUGGUUUAAACUCUAAAUGGUAAAUCUGUCAUAUGAUUUCUAGUAUGGCAUGGCUUGGAGCUCAGGAAAACCAGAGCAAGGGGGUCCUGUUAAUAGUUUCAAGUAAAAAUGCUUUCCCAUGAUAAUUAUAGAAGGCACAUUCUAUAACAUUGCUAUAAAUGCUAUACAAAUGCUCUUAUAAUCUGUUCUCUAAUUUCAGAAACCUGCAGAACCAGAUUCAGAUACCACAGCAACAGCCAUCAGGUUAGUAUUGAGUCCUGCUUGAGUAUGAUUGGUCUAAUAUCUCAUGGACCAAUGAAAAUGUAUGAGAUAAAGCCCUCACUUAGUAACAUGACAACCUUGGACAUAGAUUAAUCAUAGUCAUCCUCAAUCAUCUAACCUAUCACAUUUUAGAUGAAAUAACAUGGAGGCUCAGUUCUGAUAACAUAGUUAAUGCUGACUGUAAUAGUUAUUUCCUGAUUUUUCCUUUUUAUUCACCUCAACCAAAUACAUUCUUCCACCCACCUGCUGUUUUGUAGUGACUGUCUAACUAGACUGUGGCUCCCCCUUGUGUGCAUGUCAAUGCACUGCAAGAGGGCCCUCUAUCUAACUAACUGCUCUAAAUCACUGCUUUGUCUAACUAACUACUCUGUCUAAAUCACUGCUCUGUCUAAAUCACUGCUCUCUUUAAAUCGCUGCUCUGUCUAAAUCACUGCUCUGUAUAAAUCACUGCUCUGUCUAAAUUACUGCUCUGUUUUACUAACUGCUCUGUCUAAAUCACUGCUCUGUCUGUUAUUUUUACUGCUAACAAAGGAGAUAGAGAUAAUUAUUGUAUGUCGACAUUUCGGAGACUGGAGGCAAGUAUACUGGUUUGAUGUUGUUGUUUAAAUGAAUCAUUCUCAACUAUAGGAGAUAAUAUGUUAUUUUGCACUUAAUAUAACAGUAGUAAACUAGUUGAAAAGGAGAAGGCGCAACGCUACGCUCGCUCACCAUUAAAAACAUCUUAUUUUAUUUAAACAACUAUUAUGAGUUGGACAUUUUGGCAUUCACUCAAUGAUGAUCAAAUUUUUUGGGUUGCACCUCGACUCACGUUGGUUGAGGGCCCUCCUCAUCUUUCCACAGUAGUAAACUAGUUACAAUGUAGUGACAAUAUUCCCUCUCAGAACCUGUAAACAAUCUAUAUUUUCAUUAUAUCCCAAUAAAUUAUAUUAUGCAAUGUAUUUUAUUCUCCAUUCUAGGUAAAUGGUAUUCCUGAGGAGAGGAAAGUGGCUGAAGCUGUGAAUUUGUGACGAGAGAGAAACCCCAGAGUGCUGGAGCUGCUUUCUGUCUGGGUGUGUCCCUUUUAGCCAAGUGUUUUUCUAUGUCUACAUCCCAAAUAGCAACC